GAUUGAUUAAUACAGCAGUAAGACCAGUCACGAAAUGGGAGAUUAAGAAUUUUCCCCCUAUAAAUUAGAGCUAAAAAAGCUAUUGCGGGUAUGGUUAACAUUACUCAGUUUAAAGGUGAGGAAAUAUUUUGACGUCGUUGUGUUGAAGUUUGUCAGAUUUUGACGUUUAUAAAAGCCCCAAUCUCCGUAAGGAUUCCUCUUGUCAUAUUUCUUCAGUAAUCUUAGUACUCAGAUUUUAUCACUGCCAUUCUGAUGAGACUAACUACUACAAGGGGUGUUGAACUUCUAAAACGAAAUGAAAUGUAGUUCAAAGAUUAGUACAAGGACCUCCAUUUAAUAAGAGUUUCCAGCUGAUGCCAUGUCAGCGCCAAAUGACUACAAAAAUCGUGAACUUUAAUAACCAACAAUAACAAGUUUUUUUUGGAGAAGGUCUUCAUAAUUUAAGAGAGUAUUUAGUAAGCGUAUUGAUUACAAGACAAACUAUUCAAUCUACUAAUGAUUGCUAAUUAUACCCAAAGAACUUUUUUUUUCUUAAAUUCUUUAUUUAUUAGGAGGUAACUACAAUGGAUGAUCGAGAACAACCGCAUGCAGAAGUUGUAUUCAUGGGAGAAGGUAGAGUGGGAAAAACUGCCCUAAUUCAGAGAAUAAUCAAAGGACCAAGUUCCAAUACCUGGGACGAUAAAUAUGAACCGACUAUCGAAGAUUCAUUUAUUCGAGAGUUUGUAGUUAAAGGAAAUUUAUGUCGACUGAGACUUAUCGAUACUGCAGGCAGUUACAUGUUUCCAGCAAUGAACAGACUAUGGCAUCGAAGAGGUUCUGCUUUUGUACUUGUUUGUGCUAGAGAUGACUCGUCAAGUUUGGAUAGAAUUAAAACAAUUCUGAUGGAAAUCCAAGAAGAGAGACCAGAAGAUUACAGAAAAUUAAUUAUAGUUAUAGUCGUCAACAAAAACGACAUUAGAGAAAGUGAAUGGUUGAUAACAGAUGAAGAAGUAGAAUCAGUAGCAGAUGAAUCACAAAUACCAUUUAGUUCGAUUAUUUCAGCAUCAGCCCGUGAUAACUACGGUGUCAUAGAUAUUCUAAAAGUGAUGUGGAAAAAAACCAAGAAGCUGGAGAAAAUGGAAUUAUUUUUGAUCCGUUGCCUGCUCAUGCUGACCUAA